AAUACCGCAUGCCAAGUGUUUGAUGAUUUGGGUGACAGAAAUGUAAGCACGUAUUCACAUUUCACAUUCAUCUCCACUUUCUUUUUCGCAAUAUUACCAGUGCCAUGCUUAGGAAGAAAGAAGGACAUUGUCUUAAUUAUGUUGAUGGAGAAAUCACUUUAUAUGCUUGAGCUUAGGGUAUAUACAGAGUGACUCGUGUAGGAAAUCAUUCUGUUCUCUUUGUGGCAGAAAAGUAACCUCGUCUAUGGAUGCUAUCAUCUCCUGAGCUGAACUGGACCAUCAGGAUACUUUGACUUCUCGGAACAUACAAAGAACGUGGAAUAAAAACGGUGUAGCCUCCCGUAGCUUACCUAAUCUAAUUUGGAAAUCAGAAAUCAAAAUUACUUGCAAAUGUCUGUGGCUGCUCCAAGUUCCCUUUUGAAGGUGGAGGAGAUACAAGGAAGAGGGAGGGGAAUGGUUGCAUCACAACCUCUUAAAGCCGGCCAAAUUGUCCUUAGAGAUUCUCCUAUCCUGCUCUAUUCUGCUUUGCCAUUGAUCCCGCAGUCUUUAUCUUCGUCCUCCUCUACCCUAGCCUCCUCCUUCUGUGAUCACUGCUUUAGAACCUUACCAUCCUCUUUACAGGGCGAUUCUUCAUCUUCUGCAGUUUUGUGCCCUUCAUGUAGACAUUAUCGUUUUUGCAGCUCUAAUUGUCUCUCAAAGGCAUUGAAUUCAUCUCAUUCUUCUUGGGUAUGUCAAGCAUUGUCUCACUUCCAAGCCAACUCUCCUCUUCUUGGACAUCCCCUUGAGCUUCAAGUCCAGGCUCAAUUUCUCGUUGCUGCAUACAAUCUUGCCAAUAUCUCCCCCUCAGACUUUCAAAUCUUGCUUUCUCUUCAUGGUUCUCCUGAUGACGCUACAAUUUCUGCAGCUCAAUUCCUACACCCUCUUAUUUCAUCCCUCUGCUCAAUUGCUCCCAUUGGUCUUCAGAAUGUAUUUUCUUUGGAACUCACCUCUGCGCUUCUGGCCAAGGACAAGCACAAUGCCUUUGGCUUAAUGCAGCCUGUUUCUGUUAAUGAUGGCCAGAGGUCUGUUAGAGCUUAUGGUAUAUACCCCUAUGCCUCCUUUUUUAACCACGAUUGCCUUCCCAAUGCCUGCAGAUUUGAUUAUGUGGAUAGUAAUCCACCAGAUGGCAGUAAUAAUACUGACAUUAUUGUUAGGAUGAUUCAUGAUGUUCCCCAAGGCAGGGAGAUCUGUUUGAGCUAUUUCCCUGUCAAUGAAAACUAUGCUAGCAGGCAGAAGAGAUUGAUGGAAGACUAUGGCUUCACCUGUAAUUGUGAUCGGUGUAAUGUCGAAUCAAAUUGGUCAGAUAAUGAUGACACUAUCGAAGAAGAUAAUGCAGAGGAUGGAGAAGAGGUUAUGGAUGAGGAGGACCAAUAUGAAAACAUGGCAGCGUCAGAUACAGACAAUAAUAAUGAUUUCCCACACGCAUAUUUCUUUUUAAGGUACAUGUGUGAUAGACCAAAUUGCGGGGGAACUUUGGCUCCUCUACCCCCACAAGUUGAUAGUCCAUCUAAUGUCAUGGAAUGUAAUGUCUGUGGCAAAUUGAAAAGUGAUGAUGAGCAAGAUGAAGCUCCCAUGGAGGACUGAGUCACCAGGUUCCUACUGUUGCAUUGUUGCAUGUGGAUUGAGGGACUUCUACAAUCUACCUAUGCUAGAUUUUUGCUCAAAUUACACUCUACAAACGGAGAUUAAUGCUCACAACUCAGGAACCAAUGACAGUUCUUUGGGCUGUUUUUAAGAUUGUAAUCGUGUGUCUGAAGCUGUAGCUUGUUGCUUUAUUUUAAAUCUGCUUUAAAUUUGCCAGAAACAUACUACUAGCACCUCUCUUUUUUAAAUAUGCUUUUUUGAUA